AUGUAUCUCCAGAUGUUCGAGACCGUGGAGGAAUGGGCGCGCAUCGUGGCCCCACUGCUCACGGAAGAGGCUCAGCGAGAGUACUUCGCGCUUCCCCCGGAACAAAGCACCUCCUACGAGGUCUUACGGAAGGAGAUCCUGGGCCGAAUGGGGCUGUCUCCGAUCAGCGCUGCCCAGCUAUUCAACGAGUGGACCUUCGACCCGCGGCAGCCGGCCCGGGCUCAAGCCGCUAGCCUCUCCAGUCUGGCCCAGCACUGGUUGCUGGCUGGGGGUCCCACCGUACACCAGGUAGCGGAGCGCGUUGUGGUCGACCGACUCCUGCGGGCCCUUCCCCGCCCGCUACGUCAGGCAGCCGGUAUGCGGAACCCGACCAACGUGGACGAACUGGUCGAGGCCAUAGAGCUGGCGGAGGAUGAGCCCAUGCCCACGGAAGCACCCAGCUCCCCAGGACGACCUUGGCUGGCAGGCUGCGCCGUGCACACAGAGAACGCGCCGCGGGCGGAGGUGAAAAUAAACGGCCGCCCCUUCCUCGCUCUUCUGGACUCUGGCAGUGCGGUCAGCCUGGUCAAAACGUCGAUCCUACCCCCGGGGGCCGAAGCCAAGACUAGACUCCCCAUUACCUGUGUGCACGGCGACACCCGAGAAGUGCCAGCGCGGCGGGUUACCAUCGCUGCGCCAACCGGUGCCUGGCCAGUAGACGUCGGGCUCGUCAGGGAUCUACCAGUGCCGGUCCUCCUUGGAAGGGACUGGCCAGGGUUCGACCGCCUACUCGCCGCCGUCACUCAGCCUGCCAGCCUUGCCGGGAACCGCCCAACCCGGAAGCCCGGCAGGAAAGCCCGACGACGUCCCGUGCUGCUGGCCUCCGACAGCCCCAGGGAUGGUAAGUCACCCCGUCCCUCUCAUUACCUCUACUUUGAUUUGUUCCAGCAGGUGACUGGGGCCGGGGGUUUCUCCAAGGAGCAGCACGAGGACGAUCGCCUCAAGCACUGUUGGGCUCGGGUGAGGGUUGCGGAGGGAAAGGAACUUCAGCCGGCACCCCACCCAACGCCCCACUUUAUCGUGGACAAUGGCUUGCUUUACUGUGUCACCCAGCGGAGGGGGGAGGAAAAAACCCUGCUGGUGGUCCCGCACAGCAAAACGGAGGCAGUAAUCGAGAUCGCCCACGCCCACCCGAUGGCAGGCCCAAAAACGAUCCAGCGCCUCCGCGACCGGUUCCACUGGCCGGGCCUAGAGGCCGAAGUCCGACGAUUCUGCCAGGCCUGCCCAACGUGCCAACAGACGUCGCCUCGGACCCCUCCCCCCAGCCCACUGAUACCGCUGCCCAUCAUAGAGGUGCCCUUCGAGCGGAUUGGGAUGGAUUUGGUGGGGCCGCUGCCGAAGUCCGCCCGGGGCCAUGAACACAUCCUCGUCAUCGUGGAUUAUGCCACCCGCUACCCUGAGGCCAUUCCCCUCCGUAAAGCCACCACGAAGGCCAUAGCCCAGGAGCUGUUCCUCCUCUUCAGCCGGGUUGGCAUCCCCUCCCAAAUACUGACUGACCAGGGCACCCCGUUCAUGUCCCGGAUGAUGGCAGAGGUCUGCAACCUCCUGAAGAUCUGACAGCUCCGCACCACGGUGUACCACCCCCAGACCGACGGGCUCGUCGAGCGCUUUAACCAGACCCUCAAACAGAUGUUGCGCCGAGUGGCGGCCGAAGAUAAGCGAGACUGGGACCAGAUGCUCCCCUACGUGCUCUUCGGGAUUCGGGAGAUCCCUCAGGCCUCCACUGGCUUUACCCCGUUCGAGCUGCUCUUCGGCCGACAACCCCGCGGUCUGCUCGAUCGGAUCGACAGAGUCAUGCCCAUCGUCCGGGAGCACCUCGUCAAGGCACAACAGGCGCAGCAACGGCAUUACAACCGGGCGGCCCAACCACUGGAGUUCCAGCGAGGAGACCAUGUCCUGGUGCUGGUUCCCACGGCCGCCUGUAAGUUCUUGGCCACCUGGCAAGGGCCCUACACAGUCACGGAGAAGGUCGGUCCCGUCACGUACCGUGUACGGCAACCAGGGAAAAGGAAGGAGGAUCAGCUUUACCAUGUCAAUCUGCUGAAGCGCUGGGUCAGGACCGGGCCCCAGCUCUCGGCCUACACCAGCUCGACUCCCGUGGUUGUUGAUAUGGAUCCUCAACUCUCCGCCGCCCAGAAGUUGGAGCUGCAGCACCUGGUCCCCUUAACGGAGCAGACCAAACCCAAGACGGCCUUCUCUACCCCAAGUGGCCACUGGCAGUACCGGGUCCUUCCCUUCGGCCUACACAGGGCCCCGGCCACCUUCCAACGCUUGAUGGACGUCCUCCUUCGGCCGCAUCAGGCAUAUGCGGCGGCCUACCUCGAUGAUGUCGUCAUUCAUUCGGAGACUUGGGAGGACCAUCUAGAGCGGCUGCGGAGGGUGCUAACGGAACUACGAAGGGCUGGCCUGACCGCCAACCCCCAGAAGUGUCAUCUGGCCCUCGCCGAGGCGAAGUACUUGGGGUACCAGGUGGGCCGCGGCCUCAUUAAACCCCAAGAGAAGAAGGUGGCAGCUAUCCUCUCUGCGCCGCGGCCCACCUCCAAGACACAGGUACGGGCCUUUUUGGGGUUGGCGGGGUACUACCGCUGCUUUAUCCCUAACUUCUCCUCCUUAGCUGCUCCCCUGACAGACCUGACCAGGAAGGGGCAGCCGGAGAAGGUCCCGUGGACCCCCGAGACGGAAGCGGCGUUCCACCGGAUAAAGGCGGCCCUCACGACGGAACCCGUCCUCCGAGCCCCCGACUUCAACUGCCCCUUCCUGCUGCAGACGGAUGCAUCCGACACCGGGUUGGGAGCCGUCCUAUCGCAGGGCCACGACGGUGAGGAACUUCCGUUGAUGUUCAUAAGCCGAAAGCUGACCCCUGCGGAACAACGAUACGCCACGGUAGAGAGGGAAGCGUUGGCCGUCAAGUGGGCAGUCCUGGAGCUCAGGUAUUACCUCCUCGGCCGCCACUUCACCCUGGUAACAGAUCACGCUCCCCUACAGUGGAUGGCCCGAGCCAAGGAGACGAAUGCCAGGGUGACGCGGUGGUUCCUCGCGCUCCAGGACUUCAACUUUACCGUGCAACACCGAGCGGGGACAGCCAACGCCAACGCCGACGGACUCUCCCGGAUAUGGGCAGCUUUCGCAGGUCUGUCAGGAGAGCAGCGUGUGACUGCCAGCCCCAACACCCACGGGAAAGCACGGACCCACACUGCACCAGCGCACCCCUUUUACGAGGAAGCCGAGCACCGUGCACCAAGCCACCUCACGCCAACGCCAUUUCACUACCCGGACCUCUAA